UGUUCUGGUUUAGUCAUCAAAUCACUUAUUACUAAAUAAAAUUGAUCGCGCUUAUCUAAAUAAUCAGUGCCAAUAAAGACUGAAUUUAACGUAGAUACCGCGCUAACAGUCAUUCAUGCAGCGAGUAUUGAUAUGGUUUCAUACUAUCAAUUACCUUAUCAGUGAAUACAAUUCAUUGGUCAUUAUGCGGAUGCACAGCCGGACAAACCCGUCAUUAGGUAAGUGCACGUACUGAUUUUAUUCUUGCGAAAAAUAAGGAGAAAGUUGUUUAACAGUUGCUUAUUGAUCUCGACAUUGCGCGUGUGAAAUAUUGUUGUUCAUGCAGUAGGUCAAAGCCUGGUUUCGCACACGUGUCGUUUGUUGACGAUGAAGUAUUUAUUGUUGUUGACUUUUGUGAAUUUAAUUUUUAAAGUCAAUGGCAUCGACGUUGAUAAACGAGCGGUCCUCUUUGAAAAAGUUAUUCCGUUGAUUCAAGAUAUAAUAAGCUUCUACAACUCGUUCGGCGUAUAUUUCGUUUUUGAGUCGCACAUUGACGACUGCAACCUGGAUUUGAAAACGUGGGAAAAUACGGCCGUAAGGUGGCUGUCUCGCAUGUACAUAAUGUCACAAGUGAUCGAUUACAAUAACUUAGAAGAGAUGAGUCAGAAACAUCGUCGCGGAUAUUCUCGCUCGCCUCUAUUUGUUAUAUUUGUCGAAGACACCAAAAGUCUUGAGCACUUUCGAAAUUCGAUCCGGAACUCUGAUAUUUCGGCCUACUCCUGGUUCGCGUUAAUCGGGGAAAGUACCGGUAUCGACUGCAAGAACCCCCAAGGCAAUCCGCUUAAUUUGAAAAUGGACACGAGGAUGAUCGCUAAUUGUCAAAAAAGUUGGAAUAUCAUGAAGUACUACUCCAUCUUCGAAAACACGACCGAGGCCGUGCAGUUGGCGGUUUGGGCACCUGGCUCACAUUUGAUUAUCGAGAGCGAUGAUAACGUGCUGCAGGUCAAGAAGAAUAUGAAGGGUAUAGCUCUCAGAGGAGCUGUCCGACCAGCCACGUCGGCUGCGUACAAUCAAAACUGGAAGAAUUACCUUACAAAGUUAAAGGCAGAGUUGGAGAACGUCGCUAACUUUACAAUCAACGUCACAGUAAAUGAUGACAGUUGCGGCUACCAAGACGAAGAUACCAAAAAGUGGUUCGGUCUCAUGAAGGCGAUGUCCGAGAAUAGGGCGGACAUCGUGAUAGCGCUACUCAGUAUGUCUAAUACUCGACUGCAGGUGGUCGACUUUACCAUCCCUUUGAUGACUACGCACGUCCACCUCUAUGCUAGACUGCCUAAUUCGACCAACAUUCAAUGGUCGGCUUAUUUUCGAGUAUUUGACAAAUACUCGUGGAUGGCAUUAGGACUGACAGUACUGAUUCUCUCAGCGGUAUUGGGGUUGACGAAAAAUAAGAUGCAAAGACCUUAUUUCAAUUCCAGGACGUAUUUAGAGAAUUUCAUCAACGUCUGGGGUAUCUAUACUCAACAAGGUCUACCAGAACCACCAAACAACCAGGCAAGUCAAAUGCUUUGUUUUUGGAUCCUCCUAUCGUCCUUGUUUAUUAACGCUCUCUAUUCGGCUUCCAUAACCAGCUACAUUACAGUCCUAACGACCGUCCUGCCGUUCUCCACAAUCGAUGAAUUUUUGAAUUCGGAUUAUCAACUCAUCAUCUUGAAUGGCAGCCGAGGCGAAGAUUUGAUACUCCACGGAGAUCCUCUAGUGGGAGUCUUGAAAGAACAUUUGAGGACUAACAAACCCAUGCCUGUACAGCCAUACGAAGGAUUCCAACAGGCCUGUCGUGAGAAAAUCGCUUUUUACUCUAACGAGGUCUCGUUCUCCGGAAGCAACCAAAUAUUGUCAUGUGUUCUGGGCUCGCUACAGCUGCCAAGAAUAGAGUGGAUGUCAUUAGCUUUGGCGAAAGACAGUCCCUACACGGAGACGCUAAACUAUUACAUUUUGCGACUGAUGAACAACGGUAUAAUGCAACGAUUGAAAUCAAAGUAUCUCUACAAGUACGAGGAGUUGACCGAUUCAAAUCCGAAUUACGUGACCUUGUGGGAGGUCAUGCCGAUCUUGGCUAUCUUGUUGAUCGGGGUCAUCACCGCGUUGCUUGUACUUUGUCUGGAAGUUCGAGUGCACAAUUAUUGUCGAAGCAUUCCGAAACAUCCGGCGGUGAAGAGCAAUAUCAAGCCUCGUAUCGCUUGGAAGUGACUGACUUUUGAUUGACGAACGUGCGCAGUAGCCAAAUAGAUCAGAACAAAAUUAUGUGAUUAAAAGAAUAUAUAUGAAAUUUUAAAUUUAAAAUCAUAUAAUAACUGAAUUGCUGUGUGGAUUUAAGCACUGAUUCCAGUAUGAUUGUUCACUGUCUUCUAGCAAAACGUAUCAGGCUCUUUGUUAAAUUUACUUGAGGAUGUAGCAAUUAAGCAUAUGUACAAAAUUAAGAAUGCAGGUAUAACAAAGUCGUUACAAUAAAACACAGCCAGUGUGUGUGUGUGUACUGACAAAGAAAUAAGGAUCCUGCUUACAAAACGAAAAAAUAACAAACACUCGUCGGUUAUGUUUUAAAAUUUUUAUAUUUUUCCAUUUAUUUCGUAUUUAUUUUAAUAAAUCGAUACAUUCAAUCAUGAUUCAAACGCAGCCCAUAUACAAUCAUUGCAUUUUAUUCAAGAAAUAGAGAAGAAAUUAAGGUGAUCUAGUGUUGUCCAUAUCGUAAAAUGAUGAUCAUGCAAUUGUGGUUCUUCUUAAUCGAAGUCAUACACCGAACUGACGAAAUUUCACACGUGUGUAAUUUUUAACUCUUGUUUUGCAUCCUAUUAUAACACAGAUCUCGACGUCAUAACUAUUUAGCACUAACAUUUGAAAUUUUUUUCCCUUACACCUUAAAAAUUACAUCUCAUGCCUUUACAACGUAUGAUCGGGCGUUCGCAACCCAAUACAUUGAAGAAAACAGAGCUUCUUUCGAAGCGACACACGUUCGCUUAAAAGGUACAGCGUUUUGCUUGCGUAAUAUUUGCUUCAUUUUUUUUUUAUACAAUUCUAUAUAUUACAAAAACGAGUCGCACGACGUGUCGCGGCGCGCUGAUCCUCAGCCGAGGCGUCGAGCUCGAGGUUCUUCCGUCUUAGAGACUGUAAAAAAAUAUAAAACAUCGUCGAUAAAAAAAUUAAUUUAAAAAAUGUACAAUAUAGUAUAUCCAGUAGCUUAAAACUACGAAAAACUUCGCGCUCGACCAACACAGGGGCCGUGCGAGGAUCGAGCUCUCUAACGUGAGAUCGACGUUAAAAAUUUGAUUAAAAUACGAGGUGCGAUAGCUCGAUUUUUUUUAAAUUUCCUUUUUACACGUGGCUUUAUAGCGAUUAACAAAUUCUUUUUUUUUUUUUGGUUCUUUCCUGCUUUCGCGCUGGACUCUGUUUUCUUUGUGGCUUUGGUGCUAAUGCAUACGCCGGAUCCUCGAGCAGCUGUUAUUUUAAUUUUUUUGUACAAAAUGGAGAUUGGUCUUGUUUACACGCGAUGUAUGGUACAAACGUCUUUGUCUAAUGUACAAUCGUUUUGCGGGCAGCGAACAACGUAUUCACACAGUAAACUAAUGUAGGUGUCGAAGUGUAAUUGGAAUUUGAAAUUUCUAGUCCAAAUGUCAGCUUCAUUUGAGCGGGAAAUUUGAAACAGCAAACACACUUUAGCACCUUAUCAACGAAAAAAACGUCGCGAACGCAAUCUCUUAAAGAUAAGGUCUGCCCGUGAAAGAAUAUUGGAUUUCUGCUCGAGAAUCCGCGAAUCUUUAUGGAUCGAGGCUGCGAGUGCGGGUUUACCCGAGAAAGGCGCGUGUAUGAGUCCGGUGAACAACUGCCUGUGGUGAUAUUAGAAGAAAUUAAAGGGACGAGCGAACUCUGUUCGGGCGAGUCAAGAGGCUCCGCAGUCCAGAAGCUGUUGGCAUCAUCAUAGAAAAAAUUCGGAAUCGCGAUUUGUGUAAUAUGCUCUCCGGAGCUUCUUGAUUCACCUAUUAUUGUAUACAUUGGUUACAGUGCCUGUGGCUGUGUUUUCGUAUCUUUCAAAAUGGUACAUGGCUAAUUCGAUUCUCUCUAUUUGAUUUCCUAUUAGAUCUCAGCCGAGACUCGUGUAUGUAAUCCCUUUUAUGUAAUCCUUUAAAUUUCUCUCUAGUUUCCUCCGCCUCACUUACAAAAGUACAGAUUCAACUGCGCUGUGUUCGUCCUGAACGCAGUUUCGUCUUUACUUCUUAUUUUUCAUUAUAAUACAUUAUACUUAGACCUCUAAAUCCAUGGAAGUGAAGCCCCCCGAAGCUGCCUCAGCGCCCAAGUGCCACGUCAUUCGUUUACAGCGUGUGUAUUUUUACAGUGAAAGCGCAAUUCUUAAAUUUGGUCGUAUCUCUAAUUUUAAUUUCGUACAUAAUCGCGUCGCUGGAUCAUUGACAAAAAUCUCAGCGGUCGAUAGCGGCGAGCUCUCGAGCUUGAAGAACUUCCACUCGAGCAAAUCCAGGCAUAACAAACAUACUUUUGUUUUGGCUGGCGACCGAAGUCGAAGAUUUGUACAUCUCGUCAAUGGUAGUUAAACUUGUUUAAAGUUUUGCUGUAAUGAUAUGGUAAAGUGCGAAUGAUCAGCCACCAGAGAUUUUAUAAUACUCAUUAAUAGUAUAUAAGUCUUAAAGUGCACAACCGAAAUUGAAGUAUGGAAAUGUUUGUUACACUUGGAUCCUAUUGACUCUUUUAAUAAUAAAUUUGUAAAGAAUGCACGUGGCACUGUGCAGGCAGGAUCGCCUCAAUUUUUUAUCCACUAUAACUUAUAUUCUUACAUUGUUUUUUCUUUCUCUCUGUUUUCUAGGGACUACGCAUUAUGCUUAGGAGUCUGGGUUAUGAAGUAUAGAUACAUUACAGUAGUUCCUUUAUCUCUUAUCUUAAUCUUUCUUUCAUUUCAUUUUAUGCACAUCGUUGUUCAAAAUCAUAUAGAAAAGGUACUAAAAAUUCCCUGGAUCUGACGGAAUUACAUCUAUUCACAUCACUUAGAACAUAGACAUCGUUACAGUCGCUGAUAUAACCUUUGCUUUGCUUCAUUUUCAUUUAUAAUUAAAUUGAAUA